AUGACAGCUAGGUCAAAUGAGCUUCUUUCUUGGAGUUUGGCGGAAAGGGCCUUUUGUGCCGAAAAUAUUUUGGUAACUGUGUCGCCAAACUUUUCGUUUGGCAUUUUGUCGCUGAUGUGCGGUGAUUUUGGCCCGUUCAUUCCCUCCAAAUUCAUCAAAGUCCCUUUAUGGGUGGCCAUUAGUCUGAAAAAGAGCUUUCAUUGCAAGAUAAUUUGUCCGGAGUGGAUGGAGAUGGAAGCUCUUGAACAGUGCUUGAAAGACGAAAAGGAAUUUGAGGAUACAUUUUACUCGCUUCCGUUUUAUUGGCAGGAAAUAUCAUCCUCAAUACUCUCUUGUGCUCCGAAUGAUUUGAACGAUUUUGAGCAAACCAGGGAGUUACUGCAGCAAAUAAAAGAAGCGCGUUCCAAAAAACUCGAUGCCGGUCUAAAGGAAAUGGACUCUCGCCCAUUAUCCCUGAAAAAUAUUGGGUGCACUGAGCUCAAUCGAAUAAAGCCCUAUUUAAUUGCAACUGCAAACCAGCUUACGCAAUUUUCACAGGGGCUUCAAGCAGCUCAACAUGCGAGGUCGCCGUCUACAUGA